AUGAACUCGGAGCUGACGAUGGAGAAUCUGGGCGACCUUCACGGGGCCGGUCAUGAGCCGGGAUCCGCCACCACAGAUCUGCUUCGAAGCAGCAGCACCAGCGGCAGCCCCCACCACCCCCUCCACCAUCCCCACCGUGGCAGUAGCCUCGGCUCCGUGGGCACUCGCGGCGGCGGCGGCAGCCACCUCUCGGCGCGUUCCCUGGGCAUGGCCUCGCUCCUGGAGGGAGGGAAUUAUCACCCGCAUCACCAACCCCACCACCGGAGCCCGCCCGAGCAUUCGCUAAGCGGGCCUCCCUUGCACCCCACUAUGACCAUGGCUUGCGAAACUCCCCCGGGGAUGGGAGGCCUGAACAGCACCUACGCCACCCUCACGCCGCUGCAGCCGCUUCCUCCCAUCUCCACCGUCUCGGAGAAGUUUCCCCACCACCAUCACCACCACCACCACCAGCGCCUGGCAGGCAGCGUGAGCGGUAGCUUCACCUUCAUGCGCGGCAGCGGCGGCGGCGGGGACGAGCGGGGACUGGCCGGUGCUUCCCUGAACCCCCUGUAUUCGCCCUACCACCACAAGGAGGUGGCCGCUGGACUGGCGCAGAACCUCUCGCCGCUCUCAGGCUCCGGCCUUGGUGGGCUCCAUCACUCCCCGCAGGGCCUCCCGCACUACGCCCACCACCCCGGGGCCACCGCCGAGAAGAUGCUCACUCCCGCCGCCGGCUUCGAAGCCCACCACCCGGCCCUGUUGACCCGGCCAGGGGAGCAGCCGCACCCUCAUCCCCACCACCUCGGCGCCACCCCCGCUGGCAGCCUGCUGCCCCCUCCUCUCAACGGUGUUCACCACCACGCCCACCUCGGGGCCCAGGGGCACCACCACCCCGGGCAGGGCUUGGCAGCGCCGAGGGACCCUAUUUCCGCCAACCCCCAGCUGAAUGGCAGCGUCGCAGGCGGAAGCCACUCGGGGCCGCUGGAGGAGAUCAACACCAAGGAUGUGGCCCAACGGAUCACCACCGAACUUAAGCGCUACAGCAUUCCUCAGGCCAUCUUCGCACAGAGGGUGCUCUGCCGCUCGCAGGGGACCCUCUCGGACCUGCUGCGCAAUCCCAAACCAUGGAGCAAGCUGAAAUCCGGGCGGGAGACCUUCCGGAGGAUGUGGAAGUGGCUGCAGGAGCCCGAGUUCCAGCGCAUGUCCGCGCUCCGGCUGGCAGCUUGUAAACGGAAAGAACAAGAACAUGGGAAGGAGAGAGGGAACACUCCCAAGAAGCCCAGACUGGUCUUUACAGAUGUCCAGCGUCGAACUCUUCAUGCAAUAUUCAAAGAAAAUAAGCGCCCAUCCAAAGAAUUGCAAAUCACCAUUUCACAGCAGUUGGGUCUAGAACUGAGCACUGUCAGCAACUUUUUUAUGAAUGCACGAAGGAGGAGCUUGGAUAAAUGGCAAGACGAGGGUGGCUCUAAUCCAAGCAACUCAUCAUCUUCAUCCAACACUUGUACCAAAGCAUAAACUACAAACUCAACCUCGGUGGAAAAGCUUUAAGAACAGAGGAACAGGACCUCAGGAAAGCAGGUUUAUACUCUUUUUUUAAAAUGAUAUUUAUAAACCCAAAGAAACCAAAGACUUAUUUCAGAUAUGACUUUCCUCUUUAGAGACAUGUUUCAGUGGGAUUAUGGCCUUUGCAAGAUAAGAAGAUGGGGAAAGAUUUGGGAACCCAGCCACUGGUUUUACAUCAACUUCUAAGACCUCCUCAAACUU